AUGGAUAACGUGCAGAUGAAUGAGGUGAAGGAACGGGAGAAGGAAAAGAAGGAACAGGAGAAGGAAGAUGGCUCAUGCAGUAUAGUGUUGUAUGUGGCAUAUGCCAAGGGAAAUGAAAUACAACACUCAGAGGUGCGGCGAGGAACGGACAGUGCCACUGUGUUACAGAUCAAGGAACAGUUCCAGAAGCAGAUUGAGGAAAUGAUGAAGAGCGCUCAGCGCCACGAAUCGAACAGAUUCUCCACCCCUAGCCGUACAGAGACCCCUCGGAGUAGGACGGAGACACCUCGGAUUCGGACGGAGACACCGAGAGUGGAAUCCUCUUCCUCCAGGUUGUCUGGACUUCAAUUAGAGCCUCCGCCAGAGUUCGGAGGAUCCGGAGGAGUACCGGAGACAAACAAACGAUGGGGUUUGGCUGAGUUCUCUAUUGCUCCGGGUGUAACAAGAACACAUGGAGCAAAAGCUUGGAACAGUUCUGAAAAUAUUCUCUCAACGUCCACGGACAAACCUAAGUUUGAAACUAAAAGCUAUGGAGCAGAUAACAACAAAUUGGGAGCGGGGAAUUCGAGAAAAACAACAGAUUUUUCAAGAUUUGGAGCUGAAUCAAGAUUGGGAGAGGAUACUUCAAGCUUAGGAGGUAAAAUUGCUAGAGUUGGAGCUGAAAGCAAAAGAGUUGCAGCAUCAAAUUCUAAACUUGGAGCAGAAAUUUCAAGAAUAUCAGUUGACAAAUCUAAAAUUUCAUCUGAAAAUCUUAAGUUUGGAGUGGAAACUUCAAGAUUUGGAUCAGAGCAAUCAAAGUUUGGAGCCGAACAAUCAAGAUUUGGAGUAGAGAAAUCAAGAUUUGGAGCAGAGCAAUCAAGAUAUGGAGAAGAGCAAUCAAGGUUUGACGUUGAAAUCUCGAGAUAUGAAGCUGAAACUUCUAGAUUUAAUGAUGGGAUUGAUAAAAAGCUAAAUAGUGCCAGGACUGAUCAGAAUUUUACUCCGACUCGGACUAACCCUUUGGAUGAGAGGUUCCGUGUAUCUCAAGGUUCGGAGAAACCGAGCUCAGAGCUGAAACCGCGCGUGAACCUCGGACACCGGGACCAGGAACCCGGAGUAAAUUUUCGCAACAUUCAACGGGGCAAGUCAUUCCUAGAAGCCAGGAGCGCGGUUCAACGACAUAUAGAGAAGAUGUUUAUGGACGCUAAUGAUAAAGAGGAGAUAAAAACAAGUCCUUCUGGCAAUAUCAAGCAUACAAUGCAUGGUGUCAGCCAUGUAAGACCAGAUGAAGAGGAUAAAUAUUGCACCCCUCCCCCUGUUCAUUAUGGGGUGGAAGAAGCUCUCAGAGCAAGAAAGGACUCGCCACAGUUUUCUAAGGCACGGAUUGCCCUCAGCGAUAAAUUUGGGAAAACUUCCCCCAUUCUCUCUGAUUCUGACAAGAGUAAGACGGAAAAUUUCAACUCUAGAAGUACUCUUGGAGACAGGUCUUUAAACAGAAAGGAGAAAUUUUUUAGUAUUGACAGUUUGGACUCUGCCACAACUGGAGCUUCAACCUUUGUUGAUCUUGGAAAUAUUGAUAUCUCUAAACAAGAAAGAAGGAAGAGUACAGAUGCUGAAAGUCUAGCUGCUCAAGUAAGACGAAGAGAACGAAGCAAGGAGGAGGAUGCAAACAUAAGGAGAAUAUCUGUACAUCAAGAUACUUUUGAUUUUAAUCAAAGCACUCAGGAUGGAGAGAGAUCUGUCCCCAGUUCUCAUGGUAACCAGGAGUCAAUAGUUAAGGUUCCGACUAAGUUUACAAGUAGUGUGAGUAUACAGAAGACAAAGCAGCAUGUUAAACAUAAGAUUGAAUACCUAGGAGCAGUUCCUCUCCGAAGCAAAGCCACAAAUCUUGAUUCUCUCCAGGUUCCAUUGAAAGAAUUAUAUUUAAAGCACAAAGCUCUGCAAAGUCUGGGUCACUCUAAUCUGCCUGGAACCCUAGAGAUAUCUGACACAGGUCUCAAGGUUCAGUACAUCAGGGAGCUCCACAAGGGAGUCCAGGAGCUCUUCAACUCAUUCCCAACCAUAGCAGUUUGGGCAGCGGUCAAGUUUACUCACAAAACUGUGAUUUUACCUUCUAGUGAGCGAAGACAGAAAUUUGCUUUUGUUCCUCUGAUCAGUGAUCCGCAAAAUGAGGAGAGUAAGCGUGUAUUUUACGAUCUAGAAUAUGAAGAAAUUAACCUUGCACAGAGUUCCCCUCACCCCCCUGUCUUUGCCUGUGUUAUGCGCCGGGCUGGUAUGCCUAAACAGCUUGAAUGCCAUGGAUUUAUCUGCUCAACUCCAGAGGAUGCAAUUGUUAUUGCUGCAAACCUUUACCAGGCAUUAGUAGAUACUAUGCGAAGACAUAAAGCAGCAGGACAUCCUAAGACAGAUCUGAGUUCCUCACGAAACUUAGAUAGGAUUGAUUUUGCCCGCAGGAGUUCAAGGCGGAGUCGGAAUGGAGAACCUCCAGUAAGACCUCCAAGAAAAAGGCGCCCAAGAGGGGAAGAACCCCGAGUUGUUACAGGUUUAGUUAGAAAGCGCAGUGUAAGAAGUAGCACAAGAAGUGCCAGAAGCAACAAAAGCAACAGAAGUAACAGAAGUGCCCGGAGACGAGCAAUGAAAACUGUUCAGAUAAAAGAAGAAGAUGAGCCUCAUAAUAGACUAAGAUCACAGAGAUUAUCAUCUAAUGAUGGUCUGGGAAAUACCAAGUCAAGCGGAGAUAUACUUACAAAGGUUUCUAUUGGCCGGACAAAGAGUUUUGUGAAACCUGGCAAUCAGUACAACCUUCAAGAAUUGUUCCGGGAAUUAAAGGAGAAGGAAGGCGUGGACAGUAUUGAUGAUGUGCUGAAACGUGUCAUUCAACCUAAUGGAAUGUCCUUUAAUGACAUUAAGCCGGUUUAUAGGGAAUUACUGCUCAAACUUGCAAUGACCAUGAGUCAGGAUGAAAUCUUUGAAAGAUCAAAAUCAAUCAUGGCCAGCAAUAAAAAGGGUAAAAAGAAGGCUGCAGAAAAUGAAAAUUCAGGAUCUUUAGGCAGUUUCUUUAAAUCAUUCUCAAGGAGCAAUUCAAAAUCAAGCACUUUGGCUUCCAAGGCUUCUAAAGGAAACACUAUUCCAUUGGAUAGAAAACCUCCUGUCCCAGCAGCCAACAUGUAUGUUAAACCAGUAAAAUCAACUAAGCCUUCCAAAGGCAAAGGAUUGACAAAAGCAGAUAUAAGCGGUCCUUUACCAAUGAUACCUGAUAUCCCUAAACCUUCAUCACUUUCCAAGGACCAUGCACGAGAGUAUCAGUCAGAUGAUGCAUAUGUCUCCUGCAGUGAGUGUGCCUAUGAGACUGUCUGCACCUAUGACACCUGUACCUGUCGGAUAAAGAAACCAUCCCGUCCUACCAUCCAGGAUAUCCGGAACCUUCCUCCAGUUCAGAAUAGUCGGAAACCCACAGAGGUGCCCAGAGAAUGCGAUGCUGAUUCCUGCAUCUCGAGUGAGAAAUGUUAUUGUUCCCUUCGUGGAGAUCCUCGUAAAGCUAAUCUAUCAAAUGCAUCCGUCUAUUCGGAGAUAACAGCAGACAGUGGAACUGUCACAGACACAUCCUGCUACUCUACCAACUGUUACAGUACUUCAGGUCGCCCUAAAUUAGAUAUAUCCACCUGUGAGUCCCCUCUGACAGCCUGGAAACGAAACAUGAUGCUAGAGAAAGGAGGAUCUCCAUCAGGAACCUGUUGUUCCUGUUCAGAGUACUCUGAUUCACCAGCUCUCUCAAACAGUCUGAAAUUCUCCCGGAACCUCCCACCAAUUCCAGAUGAGGGUUCUAUGCGGAGAACUAACUCUGGAGGCUCUGGCUACCAAAGCAAUGAUUCUUACUCUCAUCCUCCGAACUGGCUUCCAUCGAGACGGGUUGCAAAUGAUGGACGAGGAUCUGCUGGAAGCUCAUGUAGCUCCUCAGCCUCUCCCACAAAUUCUUCCAUCAGAUCUUCCAACUCUCCAACCCAUCCCAAGGUUUUAGUUCUCUCUGCUGUGGAUCCACGAGGUAACAUUGUCUACCGAGGUUCCUCUUCUCAAGAGAACCUGGACCGAACCCCGAGCAAGGAUGAGGACAACAUCCUCUCCUUGAAAAAAUCUGCGGAGAUCGCAGCUCUAUUCUCCGGAGCUAAGAUCAACCAAACAACAGACCUGGUGGACAGAUCGGAGUCAGAGUCUUGUUCCUGCUCCAGGAGCUCCCAUAGAUCUUUACUUUCAAACUAUCCUGGAGAACACCUGGGUUAUUUCCCAUAACGGAACCUGCUCCCUCAAUACAUCAAUAUCUUUGUAAAGAAUGAUGAUUGGUUCUCAGGAUUGCAAAAAAUGACGUAAUUAACCACUGAUGAACAUUUUCCCAUAAAGGAAUUUAGUCUUUGCCAAAACUCAAAACUUAUCAUUCCUAUAUCUGUGCAACCUGAUGAUGUAAACCUGU